AUGACUUCCAACACUGCAAACGAUCGUGUCGCCCAAAUCGCUGCCCAUCUCGAAGCCGUAGGUUCUUCAAUGAAAGACCAGGUCUGCAUUGUCACUGGUGCUGGUUCACUUUAUGGCAUUGGUCGUGCAACCGUUUAUGCUUUGGCUAAGCGUGGACCCAAGGUUAUCUAUGCUACCGAUUUGACUUUGGAGAGCUUGGAAGGAUUGACCAAGGAUGUCGAGAGCAAAUACCCUGGAGUACAAUGUAUCUGCCGUGCUGUCAAUGCAGCCAAGACCGAAAGCGUCACUGCCAUCAUUGAUGAAGCUGUCAACACCUUUGGCCGAUUGGAUGUCUUUUUCGCUAAUGCUGGUGUCGCAACCGGUGAUCCCCUUCUUUCCGAAGAUGAAGAAUCGUUUAUGCGUAUGAUGAGCAUCAAUGCCUUGAGCGCAUUCUUGGCUUGUCGUUACGCUGGACCUGCCAUGAAGAUCACUGGAAAGGGUGGCAAGGAGAGAUCUGGUGGCUCUAUCAUUUGUACUGCUUCAGUGGCUGGUAUUCGUUCGGGUGCUGGUUCACCUGAAUACUCGGCUUCCAAGGCUGCCGUUAUCAACCUUUGUCAAACAUCCGCAUUCCAAUAUGCUGGUACUGAUAUCCGUGUAAAUGCCAUUUGCCCUGGCUUGAUUGAAACUGGUAUGACCAAGGGCACUUUUGAUUAUGCAAGAGCUCGCGGUUCUGCUCACAAGAUUGGCCAAUUGAACCCUACUCGCCGUUAUGGUCUUCCUUUCGAGAUUGCCAAUGUGGUGGCAUUCCUUGCAAGUGAAGAAGCCUCCUAUGUUAAUGGCCAAGCUAUUGCUGUCGAUGGUGGUUUGUCUGCUAGUCAUCCUAUUGUCCCUGGAAAGUUCCACUAG